AUGAGCACCGACAAUAACGUGGUAGAGAGAAUCCUAUCUCUCCUUGACAACGUUGAACUGCCGUAUCCUGGUGGCCCAUUGCUUACGUUCUUUGUCAGCGAAGCUCUUAACCCGGUACAGGCAGCGCACUAUCUAAAUCAAAGGAUAUUGACAGACGAGCCUUCUUUUAUAGUAGCUGAUUGGGCUUAUAUUAUUCUCUGCAUCACGGAAAACGCUUGCUCUCCACCGCAGCCUGAUAGAUCGGCUCAAAAUGCGAUCACUCUUAGAGAUAGAAUGAGAUGCUGCGUGACUGGCAAAAACGGCACUUUUUGGGAUCCUCUUUUAGUUAUGCCCAUCCUUCCGAUUCCGUCGGGAUGGGAUACGCAAAAGACACAUAUCUCUGACAUGCUCGGAGCAUUCUUUGGCCCCCAAUAUCGGGACUGGUGGCUUUUUUACAUCAGGAACGCCGAGCGUAUUGGGCCGUAUGCCAACCAUUGUCUGAUUCGGCGAUCUAUAGCAGAUAGCUUCGCACUUGGGUUCAUCAGGUUGGAUAGACUGCAGCCCUCACUUAUUGAAUACGAGGUUAGACAUGUACUCUUGGGGUCCGAGGAGCCUAUACCUCUUGACGGUGCUUUCCCACUAUUAGGUGAUCACUCCCAAUCCGGCACCGAGAAGAUAGAUCCAAGAUUCAUCGGCACCCAUGCUCGUCUUUGCAAGAGCAUACGAUAUUUCGAGUUGACUAAAAAGUUUGCAGCAGAUCGUUUACCUUGUGUUUCAGGCUCAUUAAUAUGCCGAUCUCUCUCAUAUUUCUUUGUACAAUUUCAACAAGCACACAGGGGUAUCCUCUCUAUCACUGGCCAUCUUACACGUGUUUUUGGUGUAAUUUGGUCAUUAUUCCCAGCAAAGUUUCGAUUGGCUGGCUACAACGUUUUGCGACGGCUUGGGGAGCGCCUAUACGGAAAAUCAAAUGGUUACUCAACUGUUCAGAGGCUUCCAUUCGGACUUUACCUCAAAUUCCAGGGAGAGGUUGACUGGUUUUGCAAUGAGUUCAACGCGUUGCGGGUGGUUCGAAGAUUUACAUCAAUACCGGUUCCGCACUCGCUCGAUUUGGCGAUCAAGCCUGUUGUUUCAGAUGACCCUUUCUCUACUCCCGAGGGCUAUUUACUUACCACGCGACUUCCAGUCAACCCAGAGAUGGCAAUCUGCAACACCGUUGGCGAGGCCUGUCAUGACCCACGGAUUCAAGGCGGACAGCAAAUUGGGCCUUUCAAAGAUGAAGCAGCAUUUAAUCAAACCCUACGAUAUUCGGGCGACGCUGCUCGACGUGGGCAUAAGAUAGUAUUCACACAUGCGGAUCUCAAUCCUCGCAAUAUACUCGUUGAUAGGAUGGUCCAGCCGGAUGGAAGCCGUGGCUGGAAGGUGACUGGAAUCGUGGACUGGGAGACUUCAGGAUAUUACCCAGAAUAUUGGGACUACACCAAGGCCAUGUUCGAGGGAUUCAGAGGAUUCUAG